AUGGAUGCUGACACACUACGCGCUAUUCUCAAUACCAAAGCCGCAGCUCAGGAGAAGAUGCUACAAGCCGUCAUGAAGGAGAUGCGAGGCAUGUUCUCGUCGAUGACAUCUACAUCGACGACCGCUCACGCCAAAUCAGCUGAGUUCGUCACUAACUCGUUGUCUGCACGGCUACCCAAAUUCACGCACGACUCGGAAAACGGCUGCACCUUCGACGUCUGGUACAGCGGUUACGAGGACAUCAUUACGCAGGAUGGUGCCACUCUCGACGAAGCAGCGAAGGCACGUCUUAUUGUGUCGAAGUUCGAUGCACCUGCCUACGCCCGCUUCACCAAACACAUUCUUCCAAGGAUAGCAGCCGAGAUCUCACUGGCGGAGACUAUGAAGACGCUGCAGGAACUGUUCGGGCACAACACGUCAGUCUUCGCCCGCGGUUACGCCUACCUGAAAACCCAGUGCAAUGGUGAAGCCUUCGCGACUACACUUCGUUAG